AUGAUCAAAUUUGUUAUAUUUGUCUUGGUAGCAACACUCCUGCAUUGCACACUUGUUACAGCCACAGGCUCACCAAAGCAGGACUCAGAACAAAACAAGAGGCUCAAACUUGAUUUGAACCUUUCACCGCCAGAAGAAGACACAAAUGAGCAAGCAUCCCUUCACAUAAGCCAUGUCAAUGUGCGUAGUGCACAGCAAAGCAACACCCAAUUUCCAGAUUCUGGUCUUGCUCCAGCUCAACCAAAGGAUUGCAAAGUACACCAUCCUGGCUGUGAUCACUGGGACUCAAUUCCGCGAAAAGAUAAAAAGAAAGCGUAUUACCAUUGGCGUAAAGAGAGACGUACGGAGGAACAAAUAAUUGCAGAGAGGAAAUCUUCCAGUAUACGUAGCAAGAAACGGUAUGAUGGUCUCACUGAACAAGAAAGGAAGCUCCGUGGCGACCAGAGUAUGUUUUCACGAAAACGGAAACUUGAAAGCAUGAAUGCGGAAGAAAGAAAGGCUUGGUACAAAAAGAAUAAUUCUUAUCGACGCAAACCGAAACAGGCUCAGACACCUCCAAAGAAAUGA